AUGUCGGUGAAUCUACAAGAUGGCAGCGCUGAUUCCGGGGCAGAUGCUGGCAUCAGCUGUGCGAAGGUCUUUUCGUGCCAUCAUACUUCCUGGUCCGUUCAUUCGUCAGUUCCCUUGGAGCUCUUGGAGAUUCCGUCAACGAAGAACCACACGGCCACACCCGUGGGUAGUGAGGUCUAUGUCUUCGGAGGCUACGACGGCCAGAAGAAUCACAACGAGCUCUACAUCUUUGACCUUCAGUCUAUGGAGUGGAGGCAGCCGUCGGUGGGUGGACAGAAGCCGAGUGGAAGGAACGGGCAUUCAGCAACCCUCCUAGCCGGAGGGGCACAGAUCCUGAUCUUGGGCGGCUGGUUGGGCAACGGGCCACUCGCUGCAGGCGACAUGCAUUUGCUGAACUUGGAACCCUUGAAGUGGGUGCCUCCACGCUUCACCGGCGAGCCGCCUGGGCCUUGCAACAUGCACACUGCCGACCUGGUUGCCCGCAAGCUCCUGGUCUUUCGGGGUGGCGACGGUCGUGCGUAUUUGAAUGAUCUGCAUGGCUUGGAUCUGGAUAGCAACAGCUGGUUUUCUGUGAAGACCUCGGGUGAGCAGCCGCCUCCCAGGGCUAAUCACGCCUCGGCAGUGGACGAUUACAGGCUUUACAUCUUCGGUGGCUGGGAUGGCACCAAGCGAUUGAACGAUCUCUACGUGCUGGAUAACAGAGACAGCGUGUGGACAAUGCUCAAGCCGACGGGCUAUGCGCCACAGGCCCGCGCUGGGAUGACGCUCUCCAUUAUCCGGGAUUGCUUGUACUUGUUCGGUGGCUCGGGCCACACCACUCGCUGUUUCAACGAUGUGCACGUCUACGACCCAGAAGAGCAGGCUUGGUUUCUUUGUGUCCAGUCGCCCUCCGAGAGCGUCGAGCGCAUCGGCCCGGCGCGAAGGGCCGGGCACGUGGCAGUGGUCGUGGACCGCCGGCUCUUCAUCAGCGGCGGGGCCUGCGGGACACAGUACUACGGGAAGGGGAAGUGGUACAUCCUGGACACCGAUGCGCCUCCCGUCAUCGAAGUGGCGGCGCCUCCGGUCUGUGCGGAUUCGGUUAGAAGAGUCAUGAGCGAGUACCUGAACAAGCAGGAGUUCUCGGACGUGAGCUUUGUAGUGGAAGGUCGGCGGAUCUUCGCACAUCGCAUACUGCUGACGCUCUUCUCCGACUAUUUCCGGCGAGCGUUUGCUUGUGGCAUGCGCGAGAGCUUCGAGCCUGAGAUCCUGAUCGAGGACAUGUCCUACGAGACUUUCCACUCACUGCUGGAGUUUCUGUACAUCGGCAGGCUCCAUGUUUCCGAGGCUCAGCAAACCGAUGUGUGCUUCCUGAUGGGCCUCCUGAGGGCCGCGGACCAGUUCUGCGUGGACUGCGUGAAGCAGACCUGCGAAAAACACCUGAGUGCCCUGGUGGAUCUCGAGAACGUCGAAGUCUUCCUCUUGGAAGCAGAGCGCUUCCAAGCUCUGCAGCUGGUACAGUACUGCGAGUGGUUUAAGCGCCAGCUGGACUACGAAAGCCGGCUGGGAACCUGUGGAAAGGUUUCUCCACCGGCUGGCCACUGCAUGUCCAGCACUGCACAGUCACUGGCGGCACGGUCACGGAGGGAGUCCUUCGACUGA